AGAGAGAGAGAGAGCGUGUCACGGGUUUGUCUUGAAAAGCCCUUAUUUCACAGUCCACGGACAGACACAUAUUCCUCUCUCUCUCUCUCUCUACUACAAACCCGAGGUGAGGUUAAUAUAAAAAUUCACUUCUCACACAAAAUAAUCAUCAUCUGUAGAUUUCUCUGAUCAAAGCCAACAUUUUGUUCAUCAAUUGCUAUGAUGCUAGAUAAUUGUGAAGGGUUCUUAUUAUCUCUAGAUUCGAACAAAUCAGUUCCGGCGCCGUUUUUGACAAAAACUUAUCAGCUUGUUGAUGAUCCGAACACAGACCACAUUGUUUCUUGGGGAGAAGAUGAUACAACCUUUGUUGUUUGGCGUCCACCGGAGUUUGCGAGGGACCUUCUUCCCAACUAUUUUAAGCACAAUAAUUUCUCUAGUUUUGUUCGCCAGCUCAACACCUAUGGUUUCAGAAAAAUUGUACCAGACAGAUGGGAGUUUGCGAAUGAGUUCUUCAAGAAAGGGGAGAAACACUUGCUGUGUGAGAUCCACCGGAGAAAAACAUCUCAGCCGCAGGUGACUUUAAACCAUCACCACCCUCUCAAUCAAACUAUGAGUGGACAGAGUUUCUUUCCGUACCCUAGCCGAGUCAGCAUCUCUCCACCUGACUCGGACGAGCAGCAACCAAACAACCACUGGUGUGACUCACCGCCACCACUCUCUUCCCCCACCAGUAUCUCCGCUGCAAUAAAUGGCACAAGUGGUGAUGCCACCUAUGCUUACAACUCAGUCACAGCGCUUUCUGAAGACAACCAAAGGCUUAGGAGAAGCAACAACAUGCUUGUUUCUGAACUAGCCCACAUGAGGAAACUAUACAAUGAUAUCAUUUAUUUUGUUCAGAACCAUGUAAAACCAGUGGCACCGAGCAACUCUUAUCCUACAUCUUUAUUCUCUACUAAUACUGCUGCCACACCCAUCAUUAGUUCUUCAACUGUUCAAAGGCCAUUAAACCAGCUUAUUGGGUACCAUCAGAUGGCAUCAAACCCUAAACAGGGUAAUUCUUUUCUGGGCUCAUUCAACAACUCUACUAAUCCUAGCAAGACUUCACAGAGCAGUGUGACAAUGGUUGAAGACCAAAGCUGCAGAACUAAGCUCUUUGGCGUGCCUCUCUCGUCCAAGAAAAGAUCACAUCCAGAUUAUUCUUCUUCCGUGGAGAUAAACAAGACAAGAUUGGUCUUGGAAAAGGAUGAUUUAGGGUUGAACCUCAUGCCGCCUUCUCCAUGUUAGCGUUCCCAGAUGCCCUUAUUCAAGAUUUUACCAAAAGAAAAAAAAAAAGAACUUUUCGGUUUAUUCUCUAGCGCUUAUUUUCAUUAAGUUUCUGUUUUCUUUCGAUCUUGAAGUUUUAAAGUCCUCUAGUAUAAGCGUAUAUUUAAAUGGACCUUCCAUUGCGUGUGAGAAUUUGUGACUUGUUCUGUGUAAAUAUAACUAUAGUGGCGGUGUUACCUUGCUCCCCCGCCAUGAAUUCAGGUGGGUUUUGUUUAGAGUGUAACAAAAGAUCAAAUCAAGUCCAAAUCCCCAAAGGUAAUAUCUUUUUUAGUUAUA